AAUGGCUCAAGCUGAUAGAAAAGCAGUUGUGAAAAAUGCUGAUAUGUCUGAAGAAAUGUAAUAAGAUGCCAUCGAUUGUGCUAAUCAAGCAUUAGAGAAAUUUAAUAUUGAGAAGGAUAUUGCUGUAAAAUAACUUUUUAGAUUGAAUAGGCAUUUAUCAAGAAAGAGUUUGACAAGAAAUAUAAUCCAACUUGGCAUUGUAUUGUUGGCAGAAACUUUGGAUCUUAUGUUACACAUGAAACCAAGCAUUUCAUCUAUUUCUAUAUGGGAUAGGUAGCAAUUCUUUUGUUCAAGAGUGGAUGAGAUAUAAAAAAUUUAAAUUAUUAUGGAAGAUAAUUAAUGUUUAGCUUCUCUCUUUGCUGACAUCUUAUAAAUUGUCAAGCCCUAAUCAGCUGACAUGUAACAGUUUAAGGAAGUCUCUAAUGAAAGAUUAAGAAAAUGUAUUCUUGAAUUAGUUCGAGAACUCUCAACUCUUCUGUAGAAUCUUAAGGAAUAGUUAGAAGAAUUUAUUGACAACAAAUAUGAAUAAGAGAUCCAAAGACUCGAAAAUACAAUUCGAUAACAUAUAAGAGUAGAAUAAUAAUAAAGAUUACAUAUAGAGGCACUCACUUAAAAACUAGAAGAAGAAUAGUAGUAAUAUGUAGCAGAAGUCAAAAAUUAAAAUGAAAAAAUUAAGUAAUUAGAAAAUGUCUGUUCUUAAAUAUCAAUAAAUAAAGUCUAAAAUCUGAAUUAAACUAAUUUUAUUAUAGAUCCUAAUAAGAAAUCACCAACAGCUUAUGAUAGAUUGAAUAAAUUGGUAAGUGCCAAAACUAAAUAAUAUACUUAAUCUUCAUCAACUAUCAAUUCAUAAUAGUUAUUAAAAAUUUAUUCAAAUCCACAACAAUUAUUAAAAAAAAUGCAAGAUAAUAAAAAUAUUGAAUAAAUCAGAGUUGAUACACAACAGUCUGAUAAGGAAUAAAGUUUAUUGAAGCUUAGAAGAUGUGUGGAAGAUAAUCAAAGUGGAAUGUUUCAAUCUUAGAGAAUAGAAUCCACUAGUAUGGAAAAAUAUAAUAGAAAUUAAAAACUGAUGAGAUAAUCAUAGAUUAUGGGAAAUAGUUUUGAUCUUGUUUCGAAGACAAUGUAACAUUACAAGAAGUAGUAAAAAAGUAUUAGUACUUUAAGAUAAUCAUGGAAGAAAUGA